CUCCCGAUUCGCUCCCCGCUGUGCUCCGGCGCCGCUUCCGGGUGAUCGGCGCGGCUCUUCCGGCGGGGCUGGGCCAUGCUGGCGGCGGCGGCGGCGGCGGGGCCCGCUCCGGGCGGCGCGGAGCAGCCCGGCGGGAACCGCUUCAGCGUCCUGUCCUGGGAGCAGGUGCAGCGGCUGGACCAGAUCCUGGGCGAGGCCGUGCCCAUCCACGGCCGCGGCAACUUCCCCACGCUGUCGGUGCGGCCCCGCACCAUCGUGCAGGUUGUCCGUAGUCGCCUGGAGAAGAAAGGAAUUGCAGUCCAUAAUGUCAGGUUGAAUGGUUCAGCAGCUAGUCACGUUCUACAUCAAGACAGUGGCUUGGGGUACAAAGACCUGGAUCUCAUCUUUGGCGUGGAUCUGAAGACCGAGGAUGUCUUCCAGCUUGUUAAAGAUGUGGUCAUGGACUGCCUGCUUGACUUCCUCCCCGAAGGUGUCAACAAAGACAAGAUCACCCCCAUGACGCUGAAGGAGGCGUACGUGCAGAAGCUGGUGAAGGUGUGCAAUGAGACGGACCGCUGGAGCCUCAUAUCCCUCUCCAACAACAGCGGCAAGAACGUGGAGCUUAAGUUCGUGGACUCCCUGAGGCGGCAGUUCGAGUUCAGCGUGGAUUCCUUCCAGAUCAUCCUGGAUUCCCUUCUGCUCUUUGGAGAGUGCUCGGAGAACCCCAUGGCCGAGAACUUCCACCCAACGGUCACCGGGGAGAGCAUGUAUGGGGACUUUGAGGAGGCAAUGGACCAUCUCCGGAACAGGGUCAUCGCCACGAGGAACCCAGAGGAGAUCAGAGGCGGGGGGCUUCUGAAAUACUGCAACCUCUUGGUGAGGGGAUUUAAGCCCAAAUCGGAAGUGGAUAUGAAGGCGCUACAGAGAUACAUGUGCUCCAGGUUUUUCAUAGACUUCUCUGACAUCAGUGAGCAGCAGAGGAAGCUGGAGUGCUACCUUCAGAGCCACUUUGUGGGGAUGGAGAGCAAACGAUAUGACUAUUUGAUGACCCUCCACAGGGUGGUCAAUGAAAGCACAGUCUGUCUUAUGGGACACGAAAGGAGGCAGACCCUGAACCUCAUUGCCAUGCUGGCUGUGAGAGUCCUGGCUGAGCAGAACAUCAUCCCCACGGUCACGAAUGUUACCUGCUACUACCAGCCAGCUCCUUAUGUCAGUGAAAUAAACUUCAACUACUACGUCACCCAUGUGCAGCCCUUCCUGCCUUGCAAUCAGUCUUACCCAAGGUGGCUUCCCUGUAACUGAGCCAGGACAGACUUCAGGGGCUUUCCUCCAAGGUAACUUUGUGCCUUGGGGGGAAUGGGGAGGGUGGGGGCAAGAAAAAGAGACAAAGCAACCAACCUUCCUAGAACUGCAAUGAAAAGAAGCUUCCUGGACUCGAGUGCCUCGUUCCUGGGUUUGUUGGAAUGAGGCCUGUCCGCUGCUGUACACUGUGAUGGGAAGUGCAGUGCUAUGGAAACCAGAUGACCUGGACGUUUACAGGAAGACUCAAUUGCUUAUUGAAUUGUGGAGGUCAUGGGGGUGGGUGGGGGUGUGUGAGGGGAGAUUGUGGAAUUACACUAAGGUAGAGCUGCACUGCCCUGGAAUGGCUCUGAAUGGGGCUGGUUUUUAGUGUGGGAGGCAUUAGGGGUGUGCAGACUUGUGGCUUCUGAAGGUAGGAGCCAGAGUGGCGAAUUCCUUUGAAGGACCAAAGAAUCCUGUUUAAGUGCCUGUAACCAUACAAACACAACUGUACUGUAAACCUCUGCAGGGGCUGACAUCCCAGGAGCUCGAGUGGGGGUGUCUGAAGAGGCAAAUGUUUCUGCUGGGGAGGGAGGGGGGUCAUAAGAUCAUUUCUAGUAACCUUGCUGAAGCAUGACUGGGGCUGCAGGUUACGUGUUGCUGAGGUUUUCUGGCAUGGCUUCUGCCUGUAAAGGGCCAGCUGGAGCAAAGAGCUCUCCAAGUGGAGUUGUUUUAACAGGGGUGGGCUUGGAUUCCAUGUAAAUGCCAAAAUAGAAGUGGGGUAGGGGGAGUGCCUGGUGGCCAAUGCUGUGCAGAGCUGUCUGGAGAGGAGGCAGCAGGGAGAUACAUAGGAAUUGACUUCAAGUCUGCAGUGCCAAAGUGUAAUCAUGUACAGGAACGAUGAGGCAGAUCUGUCCAGGAGCCUGCCCCGGGCUCCUCUACCUAAUCUGUGUUUUGUAGGGGAAUUUGAAAUGCUGCUGAUUUGUCUUGGUUUUUGGUGUGCAGUGUGGUGUUCAUGCACAAAGCCAGAGACCAGCUGGGUUAUCUGGGGAGAUGAGGCUUGUCCUUUGAAGCACAAACCAGCUCGUUCACUCGUCAGGUAUCUCCAGCUGUUGCUGUGAUGGGGGCUGAAGCCUGUGGUGUUCUAGGAGAUAGGGAGACCUCUUCCAGCCUCCUGUGGUGGGGAUCUUCCCUCUAGCAGGGCCUAUCUCCAGAAGCAGCCUAUUUCCAGCGAUGUGAUUCCACAUGUGAGCUACUGAUAGCAUUUGAAAUUCAUUCCCUAGCUAGAAAUGGAGCUUGGGGGGGUGGGUGAGCAUGCGAAGGUCAGUUGGCCUUAGGGGAAAAAGUAUGUCUUAACAAACCCUCUUGUGUGUUCAGGGUUUGGCUCUCUCAGCCAAACGUGGCUUUGAAGUAGUCAGGUGUCUGGAGCAUCAAACAGUCUUUCACUGCAGUGCCUGCAUUGCCAUGCCCAUUCUUUGGAAUCAUCAUCUCAGCUUUAACUAUGCAUGGAGGGAGAGGUGGGCCAGCAAAGCAGGUGCUUCCUAGAGAUGCUGCUCUGGGAACACCGUGACUCCAUGGUGCUUCCUCCGAGGUGCUUGAGUAUCUUUAUCUUGGGGUUUGUUUUGUUGUGACACGACUGUACUAGCUGGGCAGAUUGAAUGCUCUAAUAAAGACUAGAUCCUUGGAAUGUCUAUA